AUGGCCUCCGCAACCAAGUACAUCCAACUGGCAAAGACGCUACCUGAGCCUUUGCAACGAUUCUUUGCUCGAUGGCCGCCAGCAUCAAUUCAAACCGCCGGCGCUGCUCCAACUCCGUAUCAAGAGCAGCGACCUGAUCCCUUCCGAGUCUACAAGCAUCCCAUCACAGGAAAAUGGCAGGACCCGAUGUACUCGUACCGCCGACAAGCGCAGCUGGUGCAAAUGGCACGCGAGCACGGCGUCGAAGAACUGCUGCCCGAGACGACCAAGGGGACGGAAUAUCGACUUGCGCACCGUGUUGAGCAUGGCUUGAGAGUCAAGGGUACUGGUGUUGGACAAAAGGUCAAGGGUCACAUUCACGAACGACACAUGAUUGCAAAGAUGGAAAAGAGAAGGAAGGCAAUGCUGGAGAUGCCCAAGCUCAUCAAGGCAUGGAAGAGGGUGGGAAAGAGAAACUGGACCAAAUGGCCCAAAUAA